UGUUUGAGGCAACUUUUGGAGAUUCAGAUAAGACAAGAACAGCUGCAAACAAAAUUCGCGAUUUGGACUGGGGUGAGACAGCGUUGAUCGAUCAAUUUCGAACUGGGCUUCGUGAAGAUGUAAAAGAUUUACUUCUUACAAUGCCUGACCCUACCUCCCUUAAUGAUGCAAUUGCGAAAGCUGUAAGAUAUGACAACCGACUUUUCGAACGACGACAAGAACGACGCUUUGAUUCUGGUAUAAGUUGGAAUCAAUUCUCAGUACCUACCACUAAUCAAACUCAAGUUUCAGAGCCGAUGCAGAUUGAUUUUGCCAGGCCGAAGCCUUUGUCUGAAGAAGAAAAAAGAUGA